UUCAGCAAGUCUCUGAAUUCAAGUUCAAAUGUCAAGAAUAAUCAAGCUCCACUGUCUUUUCUGAAAGAUUCUGAAACACUAAUGUGAGGUUCAUCAAACUGUCUUUUGCUCUGGACAAAAACAAUCUUUUAAUCUUGAGAUGGUUUUAGCCACUGAUACAAAUUUAGAUGCCUGAGAGGUGAUGGCAAGGUUAAAAAGUUGAAUUGCCAAGAAAAGCAUGGCAGAGAAGAUCUCAAGAGAUUGACUUUAGUCAAGGAAAAGAGAUGGCAAGACCAAAUGCAGACAUCAAGGCCAGAUUUAGCUCCACGUUACCUGGCAUUUGAUCUAAACUCCAUGGCCCUGGCAGAGCUAAUCAGCUUGUCAGUCAAAGGAACAUUACAGGGACUCUGGGCAGAGUGUCUUGAGCAGGACAGAUGGAUGCUGAUAACAUUCAACAUCACAUUCUGUUAAACAAAACAGCUCAGUGGGAUGUAAGCUGAGUUCAGUGUGAAGUGAGUUGAGGUCACUAAUCAUGUCUGUCCUGGAGAUUCAAUAUGCCUUGACGUGUCACAGUAGACAAAGUAUCACAGAACUUAGGAGGCAAACACAGAUCACAUUAAAUGUCUUGCUACGAAUUUUCUAAUUCUGUCCACCUUGUUUUGUUUUUCCUGGAGGCAGUGAUGGCUAUGGGUCGUCUCGUCAACAGUCCAGCUUUGGACUAGAGGCCUACAAAGUGCCAAGGGAGACAGUCUCACUAGCAAAGACACUCUCACUCUCACACCAACAACCAUAAACUCUCCACUCGCCUUCUGUGCCUGAAGCAUCAGAACAGCUGUGUGAGGACAUGGAAAGCAACAGAGACCUUCGUUGUUUGCACAACCUCUCCUACCACCCACGAUGGCAGCACAACACGAUAAAAGAAGAGAAAAAACAUAUACGGACAAACAACUCCAAUGGGUUUAGUCAGUUUGAUUCAACGUCAAUAUCGUUCUCAUCAGAGUCAUUAUCAUCAAAACCACAGUUGCCAUCAACCCCCAUACAGCACACCAGGAGAUGGAGGGGGAACUGGAUUCUUUUGUCCUUAUUCAUGAUCUCAUUUCUCCCCUGUCAAGCCUGGGCAACUACUUUUAAGAUGGCUCUAGUUGGACCCUGGACAUGUGACCUCUUAUACUCCAAAGCCCUCCCUGACGUGGCAGCCCGUCUCGCCAUUGCCCGCAUAAACAAGGACCCCUACCUCAACAAAGGCUACUGGUAUGACUACACAUUGAUCAAUGAGGACUGCAAGUCAUCCCGUGCCCUUGCUCGCUUUGCUGGGUUAGACGGUUAUGGUGCUGCUUUCCUGGGCCCAGCCAACCCAGGCUACUGCGCUUCAGCUGCUCUGUAUGCAAAAGAGUGGGAUGCUGGGAUUCUCUCUUGGGCCUGCCUAAAACCCAGCAUGAACAAAGAUGAGAUGUAUCCAACCUUCCUGAGACCGCUGCCACUGUCCUCCCAUGUACUUUUUACUGUGUUGCGGUACUUUCGGUGGGCACAUGUGGCCAUUAUUUCACAGAAGCAGGACGUGUGGGAAGCCACAGGACAGGAGUUGGCCUCUUCACUGAGGGCCCUUGGCCUGCCUGUCACCCCUGUGGUCACAAUGGAGGACAACAAAGACGGGCCUCGCAAAGCCCUGACAAAAGUGCGGGAAGCAGACCGUGUCAGAGUGGUCAUCAUGUGCAUGCCGUCUGUCCUGAUUGGUGGCCAAGCCCAGUACCAGCUUCUGACAACAGCCUUGGCUAUGCGUAUGAUCGACCGUGGCUACGUGUUCAUUCCCUACGACACCCUUCUGUACGCACUGCCCUAUAAAGAUGCCCCAUAUUAUAUGUUAGGUAAUGACACCAAGCUGCGGAAAGCCUUUGACGGCGUUCUCACGAUCACUAUGGACUCUGGAGAACGUAAUUUCUAUGAGGCCUUCAAAGAUGGUCAGGACAGCUAUGAAAUACGCAGCAGCACUCCACCAGAGCAGGUUUCUCCAUUCUUUGGCACCAUCUACAACAUGAUGUACUACACAGCAAUGGCUACUGAACAGGCCCGCGAAAACGGAGGCCGUUGGGUGACUGGUGAAAUCCUGCGUGAAAGUAAUGGUGAAUUUGAAUUUCAAGGAUUCAAUCAACCCGUGAGAUCUGGCAGACACGGUGAAGGCAUGCAGGCUGCCUAUGUAGUCCUGGACUACAGUGGAAUAGGCACCACUCUCUAUUCCACACAUGCCCUCCAUUCGUCUCAUACAGAUGGCAAGACUGGGAACUUGAAAUAUCUUGGCCGCUCUAUCCAUUUUGCAGGCAGCACUCCUUACACAGACUCAGGUUGCUGGUUUAGCCCAUACUUUGCCUGCACUGGAGGUCUAGAUUCAGCCACUCUCUUCUUUAUUACGCUUUUGUUCAUUUCACUUACUGGAUGUGGAAUAAACAUAUUUCUACGUCUCAAGAGAGGUGGCAGGGUUGGCUUCAGCUUUGGUGGAGGUGGCGGUGGCGGUGGAUCAUCAAAGGUAGUCCUGACUCUCGAUGACCUCGUCUUCAUCAACACUCAAGUCAGCAAACGGAAGCUGAAUGAUGACAGCAUCAUGAAGAGCCAGCUGGAUAUGAAGACCCCUCACCACUCUGUGUCGGGUCGUAGCUACUUAGCCUCCACACCAGACAGCUCCAAUGUUGCAGUGUUUGAGGGUGACUGGGUUUGGUUGAAGAAAUGUCCCGCUGGAGCUGUAUCAGGUGUCAAUAGCAGCACUGAGUUUAUCUUUACCAAGCUCAGAGACAUGAGACACGAGAAUCUCAACCUGUUCCUGGGGCUGUUCUUCGACUCAGGCAUCUUUGGCAUUGUGACCGAGCACUGCACCAGGGGCAGCUUGGAGGAUUUGCUCGGCAAUGAAGAUGUUCGCCUUGACUGGAUGUUCAAGUCCUCUCUGUUAAUGGAUCUGAUCCGAGGAAUGAAGUAUCUGCAUAAUCGUGAAAUCAUCCACGGACGACUCAAAUCUCGCAACUGUGUGGUAGAUGGGCGCUUUGUGCUGAAGGUGACAGAUUAUGGAUUCAAUGAGAUCCUGAUUGCCCAAAGCAUUGACAGUGAUGAGGAAAAGCCAGAAGAUCUGCUUUGGACGGCUCCAGAGCUGCUGAGAAGCUCUAGUCUGAGGAGGAGGGGCACGUUCUGUGGGGAUGUCUACAGUUUCGCCAUCGUCGUGCAGGAGGUCAUUUCUCGCUCUGCACCUUUCUGCAUGCUGGACAUGCCUACCAAGGAGAUCAUCAACAAGAUCAGAGAGCCUCCUCCUUUGUGUCGGCCUACUGUGUCUGUGGACGAGGCCCCGCUGGAAGUGAUACAGGUUAUGAAGCAGGCCUGGAGUGAAGAGCCGGAGAAAAGGCCAAACUUCGAGGAGCUGUUCAAGCAGUUCAAGAACAUCACUAAAGGAAAGAAGACCAACAUCAUUGACUCUAUGCUGCGGAUGCUGGAGCAGUACUCAUCUAACUUGGAGGAUCUGAUCAGAGAGAGGACGGAGGAGCUGGAGGUGGAGAGACAGAAGACUGACAAUCUGGUGGCACAGAUGUUGCCCAGGUCUGUGGCCCAGGCUUUGAAGACCGGCAAGCCUGUCAAACCGGAGCAUUUCAGCGAGGUCACGCUGUAUUUCAGUGACAUUGUGGGUUUCACCACCAUCUCAGCUCUCAGCGAGCCCAUUGAGGUGGUCGACUUACUCAAUGAUCUCUACACGCUUUUUGAUGCCAUUAUUGGGCUGCAUGAUGUCUACAAGGUGGAAACUAUUGGAGAUGCCUACAUGGUGGCCUCGGGUGUCCCCAACAGGAACGGUAACCGUCAUGCUGCUGAAAUGGCCAAUAUGUCUCUCGACAUCCUCCACUGUAUCGGGACCUUCAAGAUGAGACACAUGCCUGAGCUAAAAGUCAGGAUCCGUAUUGGCCUGCACUCUGGUCCAGUCGUAGCAGGUGUAGUCGGCCUUACGAUGCCUCGGUACUGUCUCUUUGGAGACACUGUCAACACAGCAUCUCGAAUGGAGUCCACAGGGUUGUCUUACAGAAUCCAUGUCAACCAAAGCACAGUGGAUGUCCUGAACAGCUUGAAGCUGGGAUACAAAAUCGAUGUCAGAGGCAUGACGGAGUUAAAGGGAAAAGGUGUUGAGAACACAUAUUGGUUGGUAGGGAGGGAGGAUUUCAACAAACCUCUACCAAUUCCUCCAGACGUCGCAGGUGGAAGCAAUCAUGGUAUUGGUUUAGAUGAAAUACCUCCUGACAGACGACAGAAGUUCCUGGAUCGACAGAAGAAGAUGAACUAGUCUGUGGUUUUGUCACAGACGUCCAAGAGCUGAAAAGUGGUAUUUUACACACAGAUAAACGUGUGAAUAAAGAACUGAAUGUGCAAUAACAAAUAGCAACAACUAUACUUUGUGCUACUCUCAAAAUAAGAUCAAGAGCAGUAGGCAGGAAUUCGUGCUUUUUGCAUUCAUCACUCUUAUUUCUACACUAAAAUAUUUCUACGUGGAUAUUAUCAUUUUCCUCAUUCAUAGUUUUAGCACAUCAACAAACCCAACAGCAGGCAACUUGUCUGUACUGCACUUGUUCUCCAGUUUCAUUUUAUACCAAAAGUAGACAAAUACAGCAUCACACACAAACCAAAGUUAAGGUUCAGGUCCAAAACAUAUUGGUUUAGCGGACAGUGAUCGCCUAACAGAGGAUCACUGUGGAUACUUCAACAAAAAACGCGUGUAAUGCUGGUGUGCUUCAUGUAUUGUAUCUAUUUGUACUGAACUUUGUGCUUUGUAGAGAUAUUGCAGAACUUUUGUCGUGAGCAUCCCAAAUGGUGGAAGCCAUUACUGCUCGACUAUUCAUCUCAGUUAUAAUACAGCCAAUGCUGGACUCACUUCAGAAGCAUUAACCUUUCACAACAACACCGCAUGAAUACAUCAGUACAUUUCUUUAUCAGUAUUUUCAACUGGAAAACACUGAAUAGGUCAGUCAGAACUGAAAACUCACCUCUGACUUUGCAUUCAAGCCAUAUUAUCUGAAAAUGUUCAAAAAUAUGUUCAAAAAAGCAUCUGGUCUGUUUAUUUAAUAUUUGAUUUCUUUAUUAAUAUAGAUUUUGAAAAAAGAAAUACAAUUUCUUUUUGCCCACUGGGUCUUUUAACAUUUUAUUCCAUUACUGUGAUAAGCCUGUUUAAGUUGAUUUGACUGACAGGUCUGUUUCAUUGUAACUUAUCAUUUAAGCGUAUCUUAAAUACAGGAAUAGCCUCUAAGGUUUAGUUUAUGUUCCAAGUGUGAUUAUGAAAAUACAGACUGAACUAGGGGCCAAAACAUCUGCAAAGCUGGAAAUAGUCAAUAAAAUUGCAACGUUUAAUGACAAAUAUUUCUCGCAAAACACGUCACGCAGCUGACUCUUAUGUGCAUCCACUGUAUGCUUCUCUCCCUAAUGAUGUUAUGAUACUACAUACAGUAUAUAUUGUUUUUAAUGAUGUGUGUAUUGUUUUUCAUGUUAUGCUGACAUUUUCUGCCACGACCUAGAAGAUGUAAGCCACAUGCAAAUGAGACCUAAACCACUGCCGACUAACAACAAAGCAGCUCCACUAUAGUUUCACUGACAGUGCAUGUAGCCUAUUAUUGAAACAUGCUGCAUGCAUGGCUGAACGUCCUGCGUGUUCAACAGGGUCUUACCAGGACGGCAAUAGAAAGACCUUAUUUAAUGCAGUAUGUCUGUUCUGCACUGAUGCACAAAAUGUUUCAGUCAAUUGACUGAAAUGAUCAUCUCCAAUAAUAUGCUUCGGCAGAUUAAGCCUUUUCAUGUGUAUCGCCAUCUUCUAGAGGAAAAUGUCUGUGUCUCAGUUUUCCAGCCAUUAUCUUCUGUUUGGGCUCUCCUGGGCUCAGCGGCUGUCUCUGAGGGUCCACUGAGAACAACUGUUCACCUCCCAUGCCCCCACCCACAGGGGAUCCUAGUGAUUUUACAGAACAUAGCAAAGGAAGCAUACAUACACAAAGGGGAGGACGGAGUUUUCUGAGUCACUCCUCUUUGGCUUGGGGAUGUGUAUAUACUGUAAAUGUGUACAUUGUUAGUUUGUCUUUGUGUCCUGCAGGGUUUUCUUUUUAGUGUUUUUCUGCUUGGGUUCUCUAAACCCCCGACACAGAUGGAGAUAUCAACAGAACACAAGGGUUUAAUCACAGUACAUUCAAAAUGCAAGCAGCCACAUUGUUUCCUCACUCUCAGUCGGCUUGCUAAUUGUCUGCCACAGCACCGAUAUUGAAGCAACAAUAGGCAGGCAAUGUCAGGGUGUGCAGAUUUUGCUCUGAAAACACUUUUCAGGCUACAGACUUUUUUUCCUUUCCUUGUAAGCUCGCUACUGACCACUUCUAACCUACGCUGACUUGUCGCAGUAGCUCAGUGUAUAAACAGAACAAACUGGACAUCUGAUGUCUUGAUUAUCAGGUUGCUGGCGGUGUCGUCUCUCACACCAUUAAGUGUUUAGCAGCAGCACCGGCUUUUCAAGCACGAUUAAACCCCUGACGAAGAGGACAUACGGGGUCCUGAAUCAAGACGAGGAAAGCGGUCUGAAUGUUCUUUUCACUGAUGGUAUCUAAAGAACAAAACGAUUAAUUCUGUUGUAUUGGUAGGAACCUCUUUUCCUAGAUUUUAAAUCAAUUGCCAAAUAGAUAGACCUCAUCAAACCUGAAUGGACUGCAUUGUUAAUUUUGAACGUGAUCUCAAUGUGUUUCUGUAAAUAAAUUAUGGUUUUAGUGAA